AUGUACAACUCCGGCGGCGCCUCGACCGCGCAGGGCGGCAGCAGCAGCGGGGUGUGCACCAGCCCAGAGUACAAAGACGUCAUGCACGCCAAUGAUUGGCUCAUGGUCACCACCACGGUCGUCGUGACGGUCCUCGUCUUUGGGCUCGUCAUGCUCUGCAUGCUUGGCCGCCGUACCAGGCGCCACAGCGGGUACUCCAUCGCCAUGCGCGUCAUCUUCCAGGCAUGCUUCACGCUCUUCCUCCCCUUCAUGUCCUACAUCUUCUCCCAGACCAAGAGCAAGCCCGACCCCAGCAACCAGCGGCGCACGGAGAUCAUCAUCCUCUGGAUGCUGCUCGUCGAGCUCCUCCGCAAGAAGGUCUCCGCGGGGAUGGCGCCAGCCGCUGAAGCCUUCACCCGCGGCAUCGGGCGCUAUAGCCUGUUGUACCCCGUGGAGGAGGUGGUGCGCAUGGCGUGGAUCGGCUACCUCAUCUACGCCUACGUUCAUGGCUUGGGCAUCAAACCCUUCUUCAUCAUCCUCUGGAUAUUUGGCGUCGCAACGCUUUGCAAGCGGGCCGUCUGCAUCCAUGUCGCCAAAGACUCCUUCGACCUCGCCAAGAAUGCCGCACUCGUCUCUGGCUACAUGGCGCAGCUCGUCCAUACGCGCCGGCAACUGUCCAACGAAGACGACACACACCUACCGGGCACCCAUAUCAUGAGGACUUGCAACUAUGUAGUCAUGGGAGAGGGCCGGCUCAAAAGAAAGGUGACGCCCUACGGCUUCGAGAUCCACGACCCAGAAGUGAAGAACUUUGGCCUUGAGAUCGGCGGCGAAGAAAGGGAGAACAUUGUCCCCGAAGGAGGCAGUCCAAACGGCCACCAAGUGACCAACAAGUCCGAGUUGGUCCGGGUAUGUGACAUAUGGGGCUUCUCCGAGACAGAAGCCAUCUUCAAGUACGACAUGAGUAGGAAACUGAAGUUGGAGAACAUUUGCCUUGCCCUCGCACUCUUCAAGAUACUCCGACGAAAGAUGGCAGAGGUCAAGACAACACAAGCGCGUGAUCUCGUGCUCUGGGGCCUCCUCGGGCUCACGGGGAAUGAAGCGUACGAUGCCCAUCGGGCGUUCCAUGUGGUAGAGCUAGAGCUCAGGUUCAUGGAUGAGUACUACCAAGAUAUCAUUCCACUGGCAUUGCCUAGGCCAGAGCUCUUUCUGGCCAACUUCGCCUUGUCCAUCGUCUUUGUCCUGUUCUAUGGCGUCACUGUGUUGCUCGUCACCAGCAAUGCCAACAUCAUCAUCGUAUUGGGCUCGCUGUUCAAGGGGCUCAUCGGUCUAUUCAUCGCCAUGCUAGUACACCACAAGUGCUUUCUGCACCAAGUGGCCUCCUUGGUUGUCACUGUGCAUACCUCUUUUGACAUCAUCAUCACCUACCUCCUCAUGCUCGCCCUCCUCCUCGUCCAGACAUAUCAGUUGAUCCAUUACGUGAUCUCUGACUGGUUUCUAGUGUCCUUGAUCUGCAACUACGUCUGA